AUGGACUCGCCAGUAUCAUCCCAAGACGAAAGAGACAUCGAGGUCAACGUGGUCUCUGGCGCUAGCAGCCCUGACAUCACAUCCUCCCCAUCUAGAAACGAUCAGAAGAGUCCUUUUUAUGAACUGAAGAAGGAUAAAGAAGAGAAGGCAACAGGAAGUGCUCCGUAUACUAGUUUUUCAAUCAGUUCGAUUCUGAAUCGAGCGGAGCCGAGGAGGGAGUCGAAUGUUCUAGAAGCUGCUUUAGCCGCCAACCACUUUGGAAGUGCUAAUGAUGCUAUGCUUUCUAGACUGGGUCUAAUAUCACAGUGGAGUGCUCUCGCUGGAAGAUAUGGGGGUUUGGUGCCAGCGCCUUGGUACUGGCAACGACCCCAAGAUAGGACCACACCGCCUAGAGAUGAUUCAAUUACUAAUGAAGAAGGAUCAGCGGGAGGGUCCCCUCGAGCCCGAAGCCCAGCUAGAGCCCCUACUCCUCCAUCACCCUCACGCUCUUCGCCCCGAUCUCCACGAUUACACCCUGCUCUAUAUCCCCAACAGCCGGACGUCCAGGACUCAGAUCCUGACGUAGAUGAGAGCGAUGACUUUGACAAAGACGAAAAAAGAGAUCCUAAUGCAAACCUCGGAAAGAGAAAGAAGAAGACGAGAACUGUGUUCUCUAGAUCCCAAGUAUUUCAAUUAGAACAGACAUUCGAUAUGAAGAGAUAUUUGAGCAGUUCCGAACGUGCUGGUUUGGCUGCCUCUCUUCACCUAACUGAAACGCAAGUGAAGAUCUGGUUCCAGAACAGACGGAAUAAGUGGAAGAGGCAGCUGGCGGCGGAACUGGAAGCUGCGAACAUGGCUCAUGCCGCCCAACGUUUGGUCAGAGUGCCAAUUCUUUACCACGAGUCUCGACCGACCUCAAUGCCUCAUACACCUUUGCCGAUGCACCCUCAAUUCAACGAGCCCGGGGUCUAUUUUCAGACGCAAGCUCCUCAGCAGCUGCAACCUUUGCCAGCGUCUCCUGUGACCUCCAGGGCUCCGCUAUCCAGUCUCGUGUAG